GCUUGGAGCAGCGAGCUGUUGCGUUCAUAGAGAGGCGGCAUGGCUACAGCAGGGAGCAUCGUGUUGAGCCUUUUGCUGGUUACCAGUAGCAAUGCCUUUUUAACUCCUGGGAUUGCGCGGACUAACGCGCUCAGACAGUCUGGCUCCAAGCUGUCGCAGAUUCCCUCUACCUCCAACCCGGUUGCCGGAUUGAAGCACCUGGAGCCCUCGUCGUUUGUAUCGGGGGUGUCAUGCAGCGCCUUGAGGGGGGAGGGAAGCGGCAGCAGCAGGGGAGGGUUGUCUAUGAAGGUUAUCAACGUGGGUGUCAUCGGUGCAGGAAGGAUCGGGCUGGUGCACUUGGAGGCGCUAUCCAGCUGCGCCAACGCUAAGCCCCUCAUCAUCAGCAACCCCACCGUAUCUAAAGCCGAGGCGGCGGCGGCCAAGUACAACGUCGCGGAAUUCUCGUCGGACGCCAAGGACGUGAUCAACCACCCGGACGUGGACGCCGUGUGGAUCUGCUCCCCUUCUCAGUUCCACGCCGACCAGAUCAAGGCGUGCGCCGCUCAGGGCAAGCACGUCUUCUGCGAGAAGCCGAUCGCCACGGACGUGCCGGAGACGAUCGAGGCCAUCAACGCGUGCAAGGAGAACAACGUCAAGCUCAUGACCGCCCUGCAGAGGCGGUUCGACCCGAACUUCGCGCGCGUGAAGAUCGCCAUCGCGGACGGAGAGGUCGGCGAGGUCAUCCAGGUGAAGCUUACGUCCAGGGAUCCUUCUCCGCCGCCGGUGGAGUACGUGCGUGGAGGUGGGGGCAUCUUUAAGGACAUGGCCGUGCACGACCUUGACAUGUCUCGUUUCCUCAUGGGCUCGGAACCCACGCGAAUCCUCGCUCAAGGUUCGUGCCAGAUCGACCACGCAAUCGAUACCCUGGAUGGACCGGAGGCGUUCGACACGGCCAUGAUCAUGGUCGAGUUUGAGAGCGGAAAAACGGCGGUGAUCGACGUCUGCCGACAGGCCCCUUACGGGUACGACCAGCGUGCGGAGGCCCUGGGCAAGAAGGGGAUGAUCCAGACCGACAACAUGUACCCGAACACAGCCCGAGUAUACCUCAAGGGCUUCACCGGGAACGCGGACAUGCCGUACGACUUCUUCAUGAGCCGCUACAAGGAGGCGUACAUCCAGGAAACUCUUGCUUUCUGCGACUGCCUGGUGAACGACAAGCCUUCGCCGUGCUCGGGUGAGGACGGUCUCAUGGCUCUCAUCAUGGCGAUCGCGGCCGGAAAGUCGGCCGAAGAAAAACGCUGGGUUAGCUUUGACGAAAUCCCUGAGGCCAGUGUUUGCGACCCGACCGACAACCACUGCGACAUCGUCAACCCCAUCGAGUACGCCAAGCACGGGGAGACGCCGGCCGAGCUGGAGAAUUCCUUCUUCCAGAGAGCCAAGGAGUUGCUCGGCAUGGCCAAAGUUUAA